AUGGGCGAAUCCCCCUCACUCCAAGUGACGCAUCACCCGAGUCAUGCUGACGCUUCAUCUCAGGUCCUACAGACGCCCCCUCCCCAGUCCUACAGACGCCCCCUCCCCAGUCCUACAGACGCCCCCUCCCCAGUCCUACAGACGCCCCCUCCCCAGUCCUACAGACGCCCCCUCCCCAGUCCUACAGACGCCCCCUCCCCAGUCCUACAGACGCCCCCUCCCCAAUCCUACAGACGCCCCCUCCCGUCCUACAGACGCCCCCUCCCCAGUCCUACAGACGCCCCCUCCCCAAUCCUACAGACGCCCCCUCCCGUCCUACAGACGCCCCCUCCUCAGUCCUACAGACGCCCCCUCCCCAAUCCUACAGACGCCCCUCCCCAGUCCUACAGACGCCCCCUCCCGUCCUACAGACGCACCCUCCCCAGUCCUACAGACGCCCCCUUCCGGUCCUACAGACGCCCCUUCCCCAGUCCUACAGACGCCCCCUCCCCAGUCCUACAGACGCCCCCUCCCGUCCUACAGACGCACCCUCCCCAGUCCUACAGACGCCCCCUCCCGUUCUACAGACGCCCCUUCCCGUCUUACAGACGCCUCCUUCCGGUCCUACAGACGCCCCCUCCCCAGUCCUACAGACGCCCCCUCCCCAGUCAUACAGACGCCCCCUCCACAGUCCUACAGAUGCCCCCUCCCCAGUCCUACAGACGCCCCCUCCCGUCCUACAGACGCACCCUCCCCAGUCCUACAGACGCCCCCUCCCCAGUCCUACAGACGCCCCCUCCCGUCCUACAGACGCCCCCCUCCCCAGUCCUACAGACGCCCCCUCCCGUCCUACAGACGCCCCCUCCCCAGUCCUACAGACGCCCCCUCCCGUCCUACAGACGCCCCCUCCCCAGUCCUACAGAGGCCCCAUCCCGUCAUACAGAUGCCUCCUCCCCAGUCCUACAGACGCCCCCUCCCCAGUCCUACAGACGCCCCCUCCCGUCCUACAGACGCCCCCUCCCGUCCUACAGACGCCCCCUCCCGUCUUACAGACGCCUCCUUCCGGUCCUACAGACGCCCCCUCCCCAGUCCUACAGACGCACCCUCCCCAUCCCUACUGACGCCCCCUCCCCAGUCCUACAUACGCCCCCUCCCGUCCUACAGACGCCCCCUCCCGUCCUACAGACGCCCCCUCCCGUCCUACAGACGCCCCUUCCCCAUCCUAUAGACGCCUCCUCCCCGAAUACAAAGAUGAACCCGACACAGCUAUUUAUCUUCGCCAUUGGAAUACUAGUCACAUACGCCCAAGUUUGCCCACCAACAGAAGUCCUGUUUCUGCUCGACCAAUCAGAAAAUGCCAGACUAGCAUCGUCUGACGACCCGUCCAACGAUUUGACCAAAUUCAACAUUUUGCAAAACUCCAUUUCCAGCUUCUACAACAAUGACGUCAUCACCAGCAGCAUUAACCCUAUCAGAGUCGGCGUCUAUGACUACAGCAGUUCAUUUUUUAACAUCACCCCAGCGGGCAGCAGUUUGAACGAUGCGCGCGCUACUGUCAAUCAAAUUGGCAAGGACGCCAAUGCCGGAUCGUGGACAUACAUUGGCCUGGAGGGGAUUCGAACCCGACCCCUCUAUGCUAACAACAAGCUGAUCAUCAUCUCAUCCCAAGGAUCCGGGUCCGCGUCUCGCAGAACCCUGGCACAGUCCGAGAUCCUCAGAGUCCGACAGCUGGGCUGGAACCCUUACGUCAUCGCCUUGCAGGUAUGA